AGACUGAACGAAAGAAAAAAAGAGAAGAGAGACUAGAGAGCAGCGAAGAAAAAAAUAUCACAAUUUAUCAAUUACAAGGGAACAACAGUUUGCGCUGGGCAACCAGAGCACAAAGUACAUCGUUUGUUGCAUUGUGUGCUCGUGUAAAUUUGCUUUUUUUCUCGCUCUAUUUUUGUCUAUGUUCGAAUUUUGUAAAAAUGUGUUACAAGAAGUGUAUUGUAUUGACAAAUUUAUGAGAAAUAUUGUUUAAUUGUUCCAUAUUGAUUGAAAUUGUGUAAACAUUAAGUAGAAUUUAAGUGAUUUUCUGUCAGAGAAAAACAAAAACCUUGAAACGAUAGUUUAGUUGUAAAAAUCUAGUCUAGCGAAGCGAUGGAUUCACCAAAUAAUGAGCAGCCAUUGCUUGAGCCAACCAGCGAUAGCGAAGAUGUGAAUGAGGAUGAAAUUUGUCAGAUAAGACAUCGACCGACGGACAAUGGUAGUGGCAGUGGCGGUGGAUCACACUUUGGACACAGCAGCCAUUCGGACAUUAACGAAUCGGAUACGCAUGAUAUUCGUGAUUUGGACUCGAACACCGACGAUUUUGAUGAUGAUACGCAACGCUUGUUCAAAGCACCAAACACUAUACCAAACGAUCGAUGCAGUCUAACGUAUAUUGUUUUCUAUUUACUUGGAAUGACGACACUUUUGCCAUGGAAUUUUUUCAUCACCGCCGAAGACUAUUGGAUGUACAAAUUCCGAAAUGUGACCAGUAACUCAACCACUGAACUCACACCGAUCCAGGCCACGUUUACUUCAGAUCUGAGUUUCUCAGCUUCGAUCCCGAGCACAAUGUUCCUGAUUCUGAAUGCAAUGUAUGGUCACAAGUUCCGAUUGCACUUGCGAAUGGCUGGCUCACUGGUUGUCAUUUUCAUAUUUUUUGCCAGCAACACUGUCCUCAUCAAGGUCAACACCGACCAAUGGCAAGACACAUUCUUUGACAUCACCAUUGUUUCGGUGGUGGUAAUGAACAUUGGCACUGCAAUCCUGUCUGGCGGUCUUUUCGGGAUUUCGGGUCAGUUCCCUUCUGAAUACGUUACGGCCGUGGUAUCUGGACAAGCUUUGGGAGGUGUAUUUACGGCAAUCGUUGAAAUAAUAACGAUAACCUUUGCAUCUGAUGCACGUGGCUCUGCUCUGAUUUUCUUCACGAUCGGAAACGCUCUUUUAGUGCUAUCGUUGAUCGCUUACGUUGCAAUGGCAAAAACCAAAUUCUUCAAGUAUUUUACCACCGAUCGAUCUGGCGCUCUUUCGCCAAAGAAUUCCCGUUUGCAACUUCAACGACAGCCCUCGACAAUGGAGCCGAUUUUCGGAGAAGUUCUCAAUAAAAUGUGGCUGUAUGGUUUCACCGAGUGGCUGGUAUUUGUGGUGACUCUAUGUGUGUAUCCAUCGAUAACGGUGUUGAUAAAUUCGCAAAACCAUGGAAACGGUCGUCCUUGGAACGAUGUGUAUUUUAUUCCGGUGACAAAUUAUUUGAUAUUCAACUCAGGCGACUACUUGGGCCGUAUUCUGGCUGGUUUAAUUGAAUGGCCAAACGACAGGCCCCACUUAGUGGCUCUACUUUCGAUAUUGAGAAUUGCAUUCGUACCGGCACUACUGCUAUGCAACACCGCACCGCGUCACAAUUUGCCAGUUUUGAUUCAUUCCGAUUAUAUAUUUAUUCUGUUGAUGUGCUUCUUUGCAUUUACAAACGGCUAUUUGGCCAAUAUUGCCAUGAUCUGGGCGCCAAAAUCGGUGAGAAAUCAGGAGAAAGAGAUGGCUUCAUCAAUCAUGGCUGCUUUCCUCGGUAUCGGUUUGGCGUUUGGGUCAACGUUAAGUUUAAUUAUUGUACAAUUGAUAUAAAGGACAUUUCGGCAUGAAUCUCAAAAUCCAAGCAAAAUACACAUCUUUGUAAAUAUCUUAGCCAUUGAUAAUAGUAAUACAUUUGGGGAUAAAUCGCUACUUGUCCGUCAGAGCCAAAGUGUUUGCAUAAAUGUGGCAACAAAUGUUAGCUAAAUGUAUAAGAAUAAUUGUGCUUCUAAAUGUCGUCUCAAACUUACCCGUUCAAGGAAGAAGAAAAAAGAUCAAAAAAUUAUCAUUCGGCUCAACUAGAUGGCAGAUGUCACAACUAGCAAAACAAAUUUAUCCAAAAAUUUGUCAACUUUUUAGCUGAAGCCGUUUCACAUCAGAUACUUAUCACAGUUUACACUACUUAAGGGACCAAAAUGGAUUUGAUGUGUUGAAACAUACACACCGACGCCUGCCAAAAUAGACUUUGUGCAUGAAAUUGUGAUAAUGAACAGAAGAAAUUCCAUUGAUGAAAACGAAUACGUAUGAACAAAAUAUCAUAUUUAAUGUUUCAAUCUAUCAAAACAGAUUCAAGUUCUUGUAAUGCGUUGAAGAAAAAAAAAUGAAAAAAAAAACUCAUUGACCUUAUGAUUAUAAUCCAAAAUUUACCUUGUCUUAUUGAGCAUUUUUAUGAAACUAUGCCAUUUAUUGUGAAUGUUUUAUGAAAUCAAAAUAAUUAAAUGUUUCGGGAGAAAAAAGCGAAUCCACCACGAACUAAAUGAAACAAAAUGCGAUUUUAUUGUUGUUUUUGACUUUUAUUUUCAAACCAAUAAUUUGAUACAUUUGUUUUUUUUCAUUGUUUAUAUAUUUUUUUGUUGUUGUCUUUGAAUUAACUUGAAUUGGGCGCCCAUUGCAAUCAAUAAAAUAGAACGUUAAUCGUUGGAAUUGUUUGUUAAUCAGUGAGUGUUUGAUCAAGGGCUUAUUGAUUAAGUUAAGUAAUUCAAUAUUUUUUUUAGUACGUAUAACAUUUAUAAUGUAAGUUUUUAUAAUAUUAUUAUAUAUUGUUUAGCUGGUAAUAUUAUUUAAAUUCUAAAUAGUUUGGUAUUUGUCAUCUAGAACUAUAUAGCUUGUAAUAUAAAGAUCUUUUAUCAUUUUUUUUUUUUCUUCUUUGUCUCAUUUUGUUAUUUGAGUUUCAAAAGCAAUUUGGAUUGGAAUUUGAAUAAAUCGGUUUCGAAACAUUUCCAA